AUGGGUGGCCUGGCAUUCACAAAAGGUCCUACCCCUCUUCACACACCACGCAUGCCCAGAGUUAUUUACGAACAUGUCCGCGACAAUUGCCACACACUCUUGCGAGAGCUUUUUGUCGUGGUUACAACCCCAAUAGAGGGGCCGGGAAAAAGUGACUUCGGCGACAUUGACAUCUUUGUUACUAUGGGGAAGCAUGAGUACUUUGGGGACUCGUUUACUCCAAGGAUGCCUGGGUUCCAGCAAGGUGGGACUCCCUUUGAGGCCAUUCAAGCACUACUUGGAGCCGAGCGUAAGAUACAGGAAAGAGAUAGUGUGGCAAUGUUCGCCAUUCCGUGGCCAAAGAUUCUACCCUACGGAAUCGCGGAUGUGGCUGACGCUGAGGGUGACCAGCCGCGUUUUAUCCAAGUCGACGUGCACAUCUGCCCAUCUCUUCAGAAUCUGGAGUGGUUUCUCUUCAAACAUGCACAUGGAGAUCUCUGGAACCUACUAGGAAGCACCAUCCGGCCAUACGGUCUGACCGUAGACGAGGUCGGCAUGUACUUACGGAUUCCCGAGAUCGAGAACGUAAACAGGAACAAAGCUAAAAUUCUGUUAACAAGUGACCCCUGUCAGGUGCUGGAUUUCCUCGGAUUGAAAUAUGAGGGUUCUGCAUGGGAAGUGAGUUUUGCCAACAUGGAGGAAGUCUUCGAAUAUGCUGCAACGUCGCGUUUCUUCUGGGUGAAGCCACACACCGAAGAUGACGACAUUGCCGCCCAUGGCGGUAACCAGGAAGUCGGCGGUGGUUACCGCGGAAAGAACCUCAAGUCGAAUGAUCGGCAGCGGAUGCGUCAGCGGCCUCUUUUCCGAAAAUGGAUCGAGGAAUUCCUGCCCAAAUGCCAAGACCAAAAUCGAUUCGCAAACCGUGGUCUGUCAAGGGAAGAUACGAGAGAAGAAGCCUUCCGACAGUUUGGCGUUAGAAGAGUAUACGAAGAUCGGAUACUUGAGUUCAGGAAGCAGCGCCAAAGGGAAAGUCUCUGGCGAGACGUGAUAAAGACAGCGAUUCCCACAGAUAUCCAGCCACAAUUUCGAGGCUGUGUUGCAAGCGCCAUGAAGAAAAUCAUCAUGGAGGAUGACACCAGCUUCGGUGUUCGACCAGAGACACCUCUGAAAGACGAAUCAGGUUUGUAUCUAGAGGAUACGGUCCGUCAUUUUGUGAAGGGCAACUGGAAGGAAGUUGGCCGCGUAGCAUGGGAAACGAACCAGAUUCGACUGCAGGAGAGUGUUGCUGCAAAAGGGAACAAACCAACAUUUUCAGGCAACGAAAAGGGGAACCUGAAAGAUGAACUGUUGGAAUAA